GUGUGUGUGUGUGUGUGUGUCUGAGCGGCCAUGUUAACGAGGAAAGCCUACACCACCGCUGUCUGUCCGACUGGUCGGGCCGGUGACAGCUCGGGGCUGAAGGCGGAUUACAAAACGGCGCCGGGGACGGGUAUUGAUCGCUCCGAGACCCGGAGAGGAGGAGGAGGAGGUGGUGGUGGAGGUGGUGGUGGAGGUGUUGUUGUUGUUGGUAGAGGAUCUGGACAAGGAGACCCGCUGUCCCCUCUCGGAUUACCCCCUCUCAAGAGUCACACGGUUGGAAGUAAUAAGCACAUAAUGAAUGACCACCUACAUAUUGGCAGUCAUGGACAGAUCCAAGUACAACAGCUCUUUGAAGACAAUAGCAACAAAAGGACUAUUUUGACCACACAACCAAAUGGACUCACCAUGGUUAGUAAAACAACAUUACCAGUGGUUCAGGACAGGCAAUUGGAUAGUUCUCAAAGGCGGCAGGGGAGCUCUGCCUCUGUGAAGUCGACGGAUGGUCUUUCAAAACCUAAAUCCACCGUGAUGACUCCAGAACAAGCGAUGAAACAGUUUAUGCAUAAACUGUCAACGUUUGAGCACCAAGAGAUAUUCAACUAUCCAGAGAUCCACUUUGUUGGUCCAAAUGCAAAGAAACGGCAGGGUAUAAUUGGCGGCUCAAACAACAGUAGCUAUGACGAUGACCAAGGCUCCUACAUCCAUGUACCUCACGAUCACAUUUCUUACAGAUAUGAAGUUUUGAAAGUAAUUGGAAAAGGGAGUUUUGGGCAGGUAGUGAAAGCCUAUGACCACAAGCAGCACCAGCACAUAGCACUGAAAAUGGUGAGGAAUGAAAAGCGGUUCCACCGACAGGCUGCGGAAGAGAUCCGGAUUCUCGAGCACUUGAAGAAGCAAGACAAGGAUAACAGCAUGAAUGUCAUUCACAUGCUGGAGAACUUCACAUUCCGUAACCAUAUUUGCAUGACGUUUGAGCUGCUGAGCAUGAAUCUAUACGAGCUGAUUAAGAAAAACAAGUUCCAAGGGUUUAGCUUGCCUUUGGUUCGAAAAUUUGCACACUCAAUAUUGCUGUGCUUGGACGCUUUGCAUAAGAACAGAAUUAUUCACUGUGACCUUAAACCUGAGAAUAUUCUACUCAAGCAACAGGGACGCAGUGGCAUUAAGGUGAUAGAUUUUGGCUCCAGCUGCUAUGAACACCAGCGUGUAUACACGUACAUACAGUCGCGAUUUUACCGUGCACCCGAGGUGAUCCUUGGUGCUCGCUAUGGAAUGCCUAUAGACAUGUGGAGCUUGGGCUGCAUUCUGGCUGAACUAUUAACAGGAUACCCUCUGUUGCCUGGAGAAGAUGAAGGGGACCAGCUGGCUUGUAUGAUUGAGUUGCUGGGUGUGGCACCGCAGAAGUUUUUAGAUCAAUCGAAACGAGCCAAAAAUUUUGUGAGCUCCAAAGGCUACCCCCGCUAUUGUACAGUCACUACAUUGCCCGAUGGCUCAGUAAUUCUCAAUGGAGGACGGUCGCGCAGGGGAAAGCUGCGUGGGCCACCGGGGAGCAAGGACUGGGUGACCGCGUUGAAAGGCUGCGAUGAUCCUCUCUUUCUCGACUUCCUGAAACAGUGUUUAGAGUGGGAUCCUGCGUUACGUAUGACGCCCAGCCAGGCAUUGCGACACCCCUGGCUACGGAGACGCUUACCGAGGCCUCCAGCUGGAGAGAAAACGUUACCAAAAAGAGCUACGGAAAGCAGUGGUGCUAUUACAUCAAUUUCCAAAUUGCCUCCAACUUCAGACUCAACUUCGAAACUAAGGACUAAUUUGGCACAAAUAACGGAUGCCAAUGGGAAUAUUCAACAGAGGACAGUGUUGCCAAAGUUGGUUAGCUGACUUUGAAUAAGUUUAGGAAGGCGAGGAGUGUUGACACUUGUUACCGCAUCGCAGAGCCUUAAUCAGUUGAAAUUUUGUAUUUAGACCUUGAUAAUCAUUGAUUUCAACAGAGUUUAAGCAACAUUCUGCUUUUAUAAAUGCUAGGAACAGUAUUUUGUUUCUGAGUGCUGGGGACCAUGCUUUAUUGGAAGUUGCCUUUCCAUCUAUUGAGUAUCUGUCAUUUACUUCCUAUCUAUUCCAUUGUGGUAUGAAUGUGGUACAUCAACCAUACGACAUUUGAGGCUGUCCAAUAAAUGCCAAUAUUAAUUUGACAGGAGUAAAGCAAUGAAAAAUUAUUGAUUCGCUGCAUUUAUUAUCGGGCAUUUUAAAAAUCAUUGCAUUGAAGGAUAGUAAUUUUACUGGUUUGAAAAAUGUAAAACAGUACCAGUGAAGUGUAGAAAGUAGUAAUUGAAUAAAUCAAUGACAAAACCCUUGUACCAUAAUAAAAUAAUAAUAAUAAUCAUUGCAUUUGAUAUAC